AUGCUCGCCUCUCUGCUGUCCCUGGCCAUGGUGGCCACGUGGGCUUCACCAGUUUUUUCAUCUUCUUUGGAAUAUUUUGCUCUGGAGAAGGUGCUCGCUGACGCAACCCCUAUCUUUGGCGACUAUGUGAAAGAAACUGGAAGCAAAGCGGAGUGGAUGAAAAAUUACAAGGAUGACACUCAACUGAUCCACAUGAACAUCCCUGGCACCCACGACAGCGCGACAUGGAACUAUAGCCAGGCCACUCGAACCUCUCUUUUAGGCAUCACCGACCUCAACCAGGUGGCAGUUCCGGUGCCGGAGACCUUCCGUUGUCAAGAACUGUCUUGGAUUGACAUGCUUAAUAGGGGUAUCCGCGCAUUUGACUUGCGUUACGCGUUUGAUCCCACUAACACGACAAUAAUCUUCUACCACUCGGAAGCUCUGCUUUCCGAGAUCGCAACCCUGGAUGAUGUACUCUUUGGUUUCUAUAAGUGGCUUGAUGACCAUCCGUCCGAGACCCUAUUCCUAUCUCUCCAGUACGAGGGCUCGACAGCCAAAUACGCGUCCAACGACGCGUUGCUCCAGCUCAAGCUCUUCAACACGCUGACCUCCCCGGUCGCGCAGAAGUAUUUCGUUCAGAAGAAGAACGAACUUGGAACGCUAGGCGAAGCGCGCGGAAAGAUCACCUUGAUGCGUCGCUUUGACCUUGACCAAUUGGCGGACUCCUACACGGCCGCGAUGCCAGGCCUUCACUUCUCGCCAAGCCUGUGGACUGACAAUGAUCCAAAUAUUGUUCUCAUUUACAAUGAGGAGAAAAAUCUGACCGCCUAUAUUGAAGACUAUUACGAGCCCACACCCCAUGCGGGAUCUACCGCGACCGAAAACAUCCAGUGGAAGUACAAUGCUACCUCUAGGCACAUUGUCAAGGCUACCAUUGAGCACCCGGACAGUCUUUUUUGGACUUGGGCAUCCAGCGAAAACACUGAUAACGUACCUCCGGUGUGGCCAAAGAUCAUGGCUGUUGGAAACGGCACUUUGACUCCUCAAGGAGGCGUUAACCAGCGCCUUGUCCCUUUUUUGAAGGAGCAGAAGGGUAAGAGGGUUGGAAUUGUCAUGUUCGACUACUUCGACGUGCCAUCCGAUCUGAUUGAUGAGUUCUUGGGUCUAUAA